AUGAAAGGAGUCGUUGAAUAAUCAAAAUUAUCGAUUCGAAUUGAUUCUGUGAAAGUUCCAUCAUAUUUGAAAUUAAUUGAAGAAACUGAACAAAUUCAUUCAAAUAUUCUUAAAACUCUUUAAAUAAUCUAAAUCAAAGAUAUUUAAGUACAAUCAAAAGUUUGAUGUUUUAGGAUUUAUUUUAUAUACUUAAACCAACCUAACAACUUUAUAAUUGUGUCUGUGGUUUAUUAUGCUUUGUUGCUGGAGUCGAUAAAUCUAUUACAACUGACUAUUUAUUUCUAUAAUAGCGAGAUUGGGUAGUUAGUUAAAGUUAAUUCUGCAAAAAUUAUGAAUCCAUUAACUAAAUUUUAUGUAAUCUUUAAUAGAACUUGAUAAAAAAGAAGAUCAAUAUUUCUAAUAUUAAGGAGGCUUAAAAGUAUUAUACAGAAGAUUCAAAGUAUUAAAUUAAUACAAUUGCAGAUAAACUUGAAAGAAUUUUAACUUUUUCAAUAAAUUAUUAUAUUUCAUUCUAUAAGAUAAUAAAACUCAACUAAAAGUAUGAAUAAUAAUUGAAAACUCCUCAAGAAAAGAGUUAGGACGAAUUAAAGUCAUAUAUGUUAUCAAAAGUAAGCAAUAAUCUUUUAGACGAUGACUCAGAAGGGAAGUUUGAAGAAGAAACAUAAAUAUAAAAUGAAAAGGUCUAAUAAAAUUCAUCUACUCCUAAAGAUUAAGGGAUUCCCUUUUUAAUGUUAAGCAGAUUUAAAGAUUUUAGUUCAUAUUAGAAAGGAGUAUCAGAUCAUCAGAAAAUUGCUAAAAGUCCAAAGUUACCUAAUUAUUCAUCAUCAUCUAAAAAAUACUAUUAAAAAUCUAAAUCACCAUUAUAAAGUUCAAAUAAACAAAAGUAAGUUAAUAAUUUUAUGAAUGAAUACAUGAGUUUUUAAAAUUAGGUGAGUGUUAAAGAUUUCUAAACAUAACCUUAAGAACUGUUAAAUAGUUAAAGAAACAAUUAAAUUAUAUCUAAUAUCAAAAAUGUUCGAUAAAAAUCUUCUUAAUCUAAAUCUCCAGUAAUUGCUAUUUGUUAAAAUAAUGCAAUUAAGAAAAAAAAGAUUAUUUAAGACUUACCAAAUUUAAAUUAAAUAGUAGAAAAAAUACAAAAGAAAGAUCCAAAUAUUGAAAAAUAGUUAGUAGAAGAAUUAGAGAUAGUUUAGAAAGAGAUAAAAAAAUUAGAAUCCAAAAAAAAACAAUUAGAAUGGCAAGAUGAAAGAUAAGUUAUAAAUUUAUGUUAAUUUUUAGAGUAAGAAAAUUAGAGAGUUCUAUGAGUAAUAGUAUUAGAGUGAAAAGAUAGAAUAAAGCAAAAAGUUUUUAGAAAAUAAAUAACAAUUUAAAGAGGAACAAAAAUAGAAAUUAAAAAAUGAGAACAAAAAGCAUAUAAAGCAUAUAAAAAUAAAGAAUGAAGUUUAGGAUUUCUAAUAAUAAAGAAAUUGGAGUUUAUAUAAGGAAUUGGAGAGAAGUAUUAUGCAUAAAGAAACAUUAUAAAAAGAUGCUUAAUGGAUGGAAUAAUAUGUUUGUAUAAAAAAUUAAGGAAUUUAAAAAUAUUGA